UUGUAUUUAAUCUAACAAAAUGCGCUCAUCUUUCAAAUUAAACUACCAGGCUGGCGUUAUAAUUUACGUUGCUUAUCGAUAAACUCAUGCUUUUGUUUUGAAAAUUACCGGAAAUGACUCCGUUACUGCCGAAACUUUACCAUGACGGAUAGUUUGCAUCGCCUUGUUUUAUGCUGCUUUGUUGUGUAAAACUAAUUAAUUCCCGUGAUAAAAAGUGUUGACACUCGUUUUCAACGUUGACAGCCGGUCCUUUACACCGCAAGCUUACUUUAAACAGAUUAUCCUCUGUGGUGAAUGUGGCUGGUCCCCCUCAGGCUCCCCUGGGUGUGGAUGCUGGCCACCCACCAGUCCUCUGUAAAUGAAAAUGUCCCUGGCCCAGCGAGUGCUCCUCUGCUGGAUCUUCACCCUCAUCUUCCUCAUCAUGUUGGUCCUCAAGCUGGACUCCAAGAUCAACUGGAACUGGUUCCUCAUCUUCCUCCCCGUUUGGACUUUUGACACCAUCCUCAUCCUCAUGCUGGUGGUGAAGAUGGCGGGCCGCUGCAAGCCGGGCUACGACCCCAGGGAUGGGGAGCAGAACCUGAAGCGGAGGCUGUGGCACCUGGCGGCCCUGCUGCUGAAGCUGGCCUUCUGCCUGACUCUCUGCUCCCGGCUGGAGAAGCUCACAGACGUGUGGCUGACCGUGGUGUGUGUCCCUCUCUGGGUGCUGCUGGGUGGAGCGCUGGUGGAGCUGGGUUGCAGUGUGUUUCACUACAGGAGGGACUGAACUACCCCACCCAAAAACACGAUCAGGGUGUGAAAUAAAAGGAAUGGAGAGAAAAACUUUUUGAUACAUGGAUAUCCAUCACCACAGGAGGGACUGACUGCCUACACACUCUUACACUUCACUGUUGGACCUUGAUUCAGAGGAAGGAUGUCCUAACACCUGUCAAAAACUAUUUACAGAAUAAAGCCAACCUCUGUUUUGUGUUUACAUCACCAUCACUGCUUGUUGGCUUGUCUCCAGCAGCAGGAGUAAGUGAAAUGGUGAAAUGGGGGUAGAGGGGAAUUAGAUUUUUACUGUAUAAACUAGGCUUAUCCUGCCAGCUGAGAUUGGGCCUGAGGCAUGGGAAAAGCUAAACAAUUCACUUUUUAUUUCCUGUAAUGCAUUACACGGGUUUCACAAGAGGCAGGACUGCAGCCAGUACAACUCCAGAUAAAGACAGCCAUAAGCUCCAUUCAUGUACUGUACAGGCUGACACUUUCCCCCAGACAUACACAGGUAAAUGCAGGGUUAUUUUCUGACGGGGUAAUGGCAUCGAUAUUUUCCCGGAAAUUUGAGUUUAAAAAUGUUUUGUAACUGUAACUGUAAAUGUAACCUGAAGAAUAUGUACCAAUUUUUUACAUAUUCUUCAGAUUAUUGAAACGUUGUAGUUUCAGCUAAGACAUGAUGCAUUUAUCAAAUUCAUCAUGAGAAAGCCGUUUAAUACCUGAGGCCUUUGUCUCCCAACGUAAUAGAUGUUUUAACUUUUGUCUGAUUGGCCAAAAGGGGGCGGUGCAUCUUUUAUGGGGGGGGCAACAUAUUCACUUUGGGUGGGUCCCUAAACUGAUACAGCAUUUGAAGUGGUCAUAUUGACUUCUUUGAUUUCUUCAUGAGAAUACAAUAACCUUUCUGCAUGAAAUGUUAAUCCACAGUUCACACACACACAACAGUCGCCUGACCAUAAAACCUUAUAUUGACAGCAUGACACUCAUGUACUGCGUGCCACUGAGCCAUACAAUGCCUGUUAAUGUUCACUUUUGAACAGGUCACCUAUGAUACUGUAUACUGUUUUAUAUUUGUGUAACUAGAGCAGAGUGAAUCAGCAAAAGUCUGUUUAUUUGUAAAAUAAAAAAAAUAAUCACUAUAUCUAUUUGUGAUGGGAUAAUUUACUAUUGGCGAAUUUGGUGUGAUUGGGUGAGAUUUGUGCUGGUUGCUUGGAUAUGGAUUCAGCCUUGUCAGACUAAAACCUUCACAACAGUAGAGGUCUUCAUGGCCAAAAAUAAAUAAACAAAUAAAACAUUUGUGCAGUACGAGGCAUAGUUCAUGCUUGAGCAACCAGUCUACAUGCAUCACAAAUAUGAGCCAAUACACAUCCCAGAAUAUCCUGUCAUGGACACAACCUGAAUGUGAACCCAGAACUUCCAGUACUUUAAUUAAAAACUCCUCCUUUUCACUGUAGAAAUAUCUAUAUAUUUAUUUGCAGGGAUGGACCGAUGUUAUCACAGAUUCUCAGUAUCGGCUGAUAUCAGCCCUAUAAAGCAGUAUUGGUAUUGGUCUGAUAAGCAAUUUUCUGCUGAUAUUUGGCUGAUUAUGAAAUUUGGCUUUCUAGGGAUCUUUUUUUCUG